GCUGCCAAUCUAUCCUCGACACUAAUUGCCUCCAGCCGUGUCUGAGAGCUGGUUUUACGCGCAGAUUAAAAAAGGGAAAGGAAGAAGGACAGCAGUCUGCUGCGAUGAAAACAAAGUGGCAUCUCUAUAUUUUGUGGAGUGUUUUAUCACUUGGCCUCCUCCCCUGUGCAGUGGACACUUAUGAAUCUCGAUUUACGAGAAGGAAACAGGUUUUCAAACUAGUUAAGCCACAAUCCACACCGAUCAGCGACAGAAAAUCCACCCAGAGGUUAUUUCCUGCACCUGUGACACCUCGAUCCAUGCGUCCAGGGGAGAUCCAGUCGGACUUUGCUUACCUCCCAGACGUUUCUGUCACCUGCUCCACGUCUGACUUCGUCGUGCGGGUCAAACCAGCUUUCUACGGUUUAGGCGCAGAUGCUGAUGAGCUGAAAUUAGGCAACACUUGCAAAAUCACCGGAGUCCUCAGACCGUAUGGCGACCUGCUGUUCACGUAUCCCCUUACAGCGUGUGAUGCCGUGCGUCAGUCGCCCCGCGGUUAUCUGGUUUACAAAUUCGUGCUGCAUUAUGAGCCUUCGCCAAAGCGUUUCCCAAGCAGAGCGCAGCCCAUCGAUGUCCACAUUGAAUGUCGUUAUCCAAGGAACCAUCACGUGUACCAGCUGACAGUGAAGCCCACCUGGCAAACUGUUGUUAUGCGUAAAGGGCUGAAAGGACGUCCAAAUGACUUCCAGAUCGAGCUGAUGGACGAUUCAUGGAGUAAACCAGCCGAGCCCCAAGUGUACCAGCUCGGAAAGACUGUUAAUUUCCAGGUCUCUGCUCCUCAUCUCCCAACUAACAGAAAACUGUACAUCAAUAGCUGCUAUGCUACACCAGCCAGUGGCUCUAAACCAUCCCUCAAAUAUAUCAUUAUUGACAAUUUUGGCUGUAUGCUGGACAGCAAGAGAGACCCAGGGGCCUCUCAGUUCAUCUCUCGGACUGACAAGGUGCUGAGAUUCUCCCUAAAGGCUUUCCAGUUUACCUCUGACCCUGACACUGAGGUCAGGAUUUACUGCAACCUCUCUGUCACAUCUGAGGACCCGAGUCCUGCACACAAAUCAUGCACCUACAGAGGGAACAGGUGGAAGGCGCUUACUGGUGAUGACUCCAUAUGUGAAUGCUGUGAUUCUCAAUGUGUGACCUCUAAACCUCGGAGGACCAUGAUGGAAGGUCAUGCCAGCAGUGGGUUAUUGCUGGUCUCCGAUCAGCCAUACGCAGCAGAAGAUGGCUUUCUACCGAUCAGUCCUCAUUCAUCAAUCAGCAUGAGCAGAGAAGGCGAGACCACAAUCAGUCAUUACACUGAUGAUCUGCACAGUCAUGAGAACCAUUGGGGAAAUCCACAUAUAGUCAUGUAUGAUGAUGAUGAUGAUGAGGAGGAGGAAGUCUACACUGAUGAUGAAGAAGAGGAACAGCCUGAUGAAGAAGAAAGUGGAGUUAGAGAGGAGCUAGGUUUCAGAGAGAGGGUGUGGGAGUUAAAUCAGUUCGAAGAGGAUGGCUCAGGGUACAUAGUGCAAGAAGAUUAUUCAGAGAGUGAGGAGGAGGAGGAGGAAUUAGAAGAAGGAAAAGAUGAGAUCUCUGAUUUACAGCAGGGCAAUCAGAAGCAAGGUGAGGUGUUGGAGCAAAUGUUACCAUCAGAUGUCAGCUUACAGAGAGAGUUGGUCUCUGAAGAAGAGGAAGAAAACAGGAAGCAUACAGUGAGAGGUGAAGAGGAUGAUAGAUCGAUAGCUUCUGAGGAAAAGUGGAAGAAUGAUAAGGAGAUGACCUGGUAUUUCACAUGGAGGUAGUAUUAGCUAAAUCAAUUAGAUAUUCUGACUCAUUUCAAUAAAAACAUCAAAAAGC